CACUGCAGUAAACAGCAAAAAAACCACCACAUCUCCAAAUCUGAGGCGCGCAACAACAACAAUUUCAAUUCCACACACUAUUCCGUUUUCAACUUGUUCAUGUUGAUUAAUAAAAUUCUCAUUUCAGUUGUGUUUUUCACAUUGAAAACAACGGAGCACAGGCGAUAGUUUCAGUUUGAACGUACUACUUUUACAUCUAUUUUAAAACAAAAAAAAAAAAGAAAAAAUAUCUCUUUUAAAAAAAAAAUCUGUACAGCAAAACGUGCUUUUAAUUCAUUCUUUUGUGUGUGUGUGUCUAUGUAAAUGGAACGAAUAUCUUCAGUUGGAAACGCGCUCUAAUCUAAAAGAUACAAAAUAUAAAAAAAACAAGAAAAAAAGACUAAAACCAAACCAAAUCAAACAAUAUUGUAAUCAACUAACCGUUGUUGCGUGUUGUAUUGCUUACACAGUGAAAGAAAUCACCAAAAUUACAAUAAUUAAUCUAAAGAAGUCAUUAGUGGCAUAAAACAAACCAAAAAGCAAAGAGCAACUCAAAGUAAAUUGCAAGAAGUAACCACUGCAAGGACUAAAGCUUUAACUGAAAGACGCCAUCAGGAUAAUCGAAGCCACCAUUAAACACAUUAAGCAAAAAGCAAAUUAAGCUUUCAUAGCGUGAAUAUCAAAUUAUAAGCUAAAUAAAAGCUAUAAAGGAAUUAAAAGUAAGGCUCUCCGCUCUUUUACUCAGCCAGCGUUUUAUUAUUAUACUCUCAUUUAAAAAUAAAACAAAUAAACAAACAAACAAUCAUCAUUAUCCAACAACGUCAAGGAUAUUUGAAAACAAAACAAACAAAUUAUUUCCAAUAAUUGUAGUUGUGUUUUAUAUUUUGGUUUUUUGCUUUUUACGCUCAUCAUCCCAGAUAAACUCUCUCUAUAUAUAUAUAAUUUGACUCCUCUCUAUUUCUUUGUAUUGAGGAUCAGCAUUAAAUAAAUCAAAAAAAUCAUUGUCAAAAUCCGCCAAAAAAAAAGCUCUCAAAUAAUCACCAAUACCACCACCACCACCAAACCACCACAAAACACAAAAAUAAAAACAUCCAAUAAAACCAAUAAAAAUCGACUCAAAGGGAACUUUGUGUUAAUUAAAAGUUUUUUUCGUACUUUGAAUAAAUAAAAAAACUCAAAAUUCACAUCAAAAUGGAAGAUGCUGCAAUGGAAACUUGCCCCAGUCCUGAAAUUGGCGAUUCUAGAAAAAGACCACUCGAUACUGAUCCCGAAAAUGAACAAACAAAGCGCUCACAUUUCAGUUCUGAAACAUUUCCACAAAUGUAUUAAUUAAACAAAUCUAAAAUUAAACAAAAAAAAAAAAAACCUAAAUCCUAAAUAAAACUCGUAUGUGAUAAAAACAGAAAAUAUAAAAAACGAAACAAAAUAAAAUAAAAAAAAUACAAACUGCUUUAUAAAAGAAAAACAAUGUUGUGAUAUAAAAUUAAAACAAAAAUAUAAAAAUCAUCGACAUCCCAACAAAACAAAGCAAAAAAAUCAAAAAACAAAUACUUAAAAAUACAAACUCAUCUCUAAAACAAGAAAAUGAAAUAGUGUUUUAAAUAAAAUACACCAAAAACUAUAAAAAAGGAUAACCAAGGAUCUCUACCGUUCUCGCUCACGCUCAGUGUUUAACACCUUACAGCGGAAAUACGUCAUCUCUCAUCUUCAGCUAAACUCAUAAGGAAAAACUGCUUUACAUCAAUUAAUUGAAAGGCAUAUUUUGCAAUUUUAAAUAAAACACAUUUAAAAUUACAAUUUUGUUUAGCUGUCUACUAACUGCUGAUCACAACAGCAAGGAUUGUGUGUUGUAUUGAAUUGAAUUGCCAAAGCAAACAAUCAAUCAGACAAGAAACGAUGGAUUCCCCAACACCACUACAACCGCAACAGCAACAGCAACAAUCAACACAAAAUCAAGUUAAGAACAACACAACAACAACAGCAACACCAGCAACAGCUACCAAUCUUAACAACAACAACAACAAUCUUAACAAUAACAAUUUAACUAACACCACAACCACAAACAAUAAUACGAACGGUUCCACUAUGACUUCAUCACCACCCACAACAACUUCCUCGUCGUCCUCAUCAUCAACGGUUAUAUCGACAACUACUCAACAGCAGCAACAGCAGCCACAACUACCAACAACGCCUCAUCAGCAUCAGCAACAUGCGCAUCACCAUCAUCAUCAUCAGCAUCAACAUGCUGCUGGCACAACAUCUCCCUAUAAAUCCUGUUGGUGUUAUGGUGAGUCUGUUUGUUCUGGAUUAGAGAUUGAAAUUGAAAAUAAUAACAAUAAUUUUCCUCAUGGUGACACAACCUAUCACAUGAAGAUCUUAGUACCAGCCGUGGCCUCAGGUGCCAUAAUUGGCAAGGGAGGCGAGACCAUUGCCUCUUUACAAAAAGACACUGGUGCUCGUGUUAAAAUGUCCAAAUCUCAUGAUUUCUAUCCAGGUACUACCGAACGUGUGUGUCUGAUAACUGGCACCGUGGAAGGCAUUUUGUCUGUACUCGAUUUCAUAAUGGAUAAAAUCCGCGAAAAACCCGAUUUGAAUAUAAAAAUCUUGGAUGCCGAAAACAAGCAGAACCAGGAACGUGAUAAACAAGUGAAAAUUUUGGUGCCCAAUUCCACGGCCGGCAUGAUCAUUGGCAAGGGUGGUGCUUACAUUAAGCAAGUGAAAGAGGAAAGUGGUUCGUAUGUGCAGAUCAGUCAGAAGCCCAAGGAUAUUUCAUUGCAAGAACGUUGCAUCACCAUCAUUGGCGACAAGGACAACAAUAAAAAUGCCUGCAAAAUGAUCUUAUCGAAAAUUGUCGAAGAUCCUCAGUCGGGCACUUGUUUGAAUGUGUCGUACGCUGAUAUCAAUGGCCCGGUGGCCAAUUUCAAUCCUACCGGUUCGCCAUAUGCCACCAAUCAGAAUGCUAUUAACUCGAGUACCGCCUCGUUAAAUUCAACCUUGGGCACACAAAUUGGUGGUGGCGCUUCAUCGGGUGGUCUCCUAGUCAAUGGUACGGGCAUUAAUUUGUCGUUGAAUUUGAGCUCACCAAAUCCAGCACCCAAUCUAGCAUUGGCCACACAAUUAUUGGAACAUAUUAAGAUUGCUCUCAGAGGUUUAGGCUAUUCCGAAACCGCCACCUCUGAAGUGUGCGCCGCCCUAGGUGUUUUAGCUAAGUAUGGUGUUCUUGGCAUGGGUGUCGGUUUGCCACACGCCAAUGGUGCUCACACAACACUCGCCAACUAUUUAGGUGUAUCCACGUUGGAACAACAAACAGCCGCUGCUAAUGCUGCCGCCAAUGCGGGCAAUGUCUUCGGUGCCGUCGGCCAAGUCAAUUUGGAACAAUACACAGCCGCAGCUGCAGCCGCCGCUGCUGCCGCCUCGCGUCCCACGCAAACACAAUUGGAUGUUGCAGCUGCCGCGGCACAAUUCGAUCAUUUCCGCCAUUUAGGAAAUGCUGCUUCAGUCGGUCAAGCGGCCACACCCGUGUCAUUGAACAAUAAUAGUUUUGGUUUGACCGCCGCCACAGGUGCUGGCAAUACAGCACCCUCAUUGGGUGCAACGGCUGGCCAUUCGAUGAGCGGCAUGAGCAAGAGUCCUACACCGGGCGAUUUGGGUCCCAAGGAUACGAAAAAUGUGGAAAUUCCCGAAGUUAUUGUAGGCGCUAUCUUAGGUCCAAAUGGUCGUAGUUUAGUUGAAAUACAACAUGUAUCGGGAGCAAAUGUGCAAAUUUCAAAGAAAGGUAUAUUCGCACCUGGCACUAGAAAUCGUAUUGUAACAAUAACUGGUCAACAGAAUGCCAUUGCAAAAGCUCAAUUUUUAAUUGAACAAAAAAUCAACGAGGAGGAGACAAAAAGAGCGCGACAAAUUCCAUUAGCCACUGUUGUGAAUUAAAACAAAUAAAUUCUACAUAUAUACAUCUUCUAUAUAUAUAAAAACAAAAACAUCUAUAUAUACACAAAUACACGAAAAUCUAUAUUAAAAAAAACACACACUCACACCACCACACUCAUACACCCAACAAACAUACAUACAUACAACUUUAAUAAUUUGUUUAGAAAUUUAAUGUAACAGAAAUGAUUUUUAAAAUUAUUUCUGUAAAAUCACUAACAAAAAAAUUAAUUAAUUUUCAAAAAAAAAAAAAAUAAGUAAUGAAAUGAAAUCAUUAACUUAAUUAUCACAUCUACAUACUACAUACAAACAUAAUUAAUGUCAUUAUAAAACAAUUAACAAUAUAAAAGAAAACGUAAAAAAACUUAGUAAAAUAUUUAACAAAAUUAAAAAAAAAGAAAAAACAAACAAAAAAUAUUAUAUAAAAAAAACAAAAAAGAGUUAAAACCCAAAACUUUUUAGAUAAUAAUUAUAAUUUCAAUAUAAAAACAAACAAACAAACAAAAAUCUUAAAAAGGAAAAUCCUUAACAAACAAACAAAAA